ACUGAAUGGAUCUCAAAUGCUUUCUUCCACUAGAAUUUGUGAAACUUCAUCAUUAAUAGGAGCUGAGGAUGAUUGUCUUUCACAAAAUAUUUGGGAAAAGUCUCCAGUAAAACAAGAUGUUUCAUGCCAGAGUGAAGAAGCAGAUGAAGACAUGGAAUCCUUUAGUUCGGACAGCUGUGAUAGCAUGGAGGCAAGCAUUAUUCAACAAAAGCAUUCCACACCUCAAGUAAUGAAGUUUUCUGUUAGAGCAGUAUCUUCAACACCCAACCAAGAGAACUUUAGUAUCAUCAGCAAACUUACUAAGAAUGCUUUCACACAGACAAAUUACACUUUAAACACUAGAGAUCAAGGGGAUAUAAGUGAGAGUUUGAAAUCCUAUUUCAAUGAGAUGCCAGAAGAUGAAAAUCAUUACCUUCAAAGCAGUAAAAAUAUGUCUUAUUUCAAUACCACAUCUGAGUUAAGUUCUCCAAUGAGCCACAUGUGCAGCAAACUAAACGAUUCCCAGGAAACGCCAGUCACAAACAAGAACUUGGUUAGGAAGCUGAGUCUAAGGUCUAAAACAAUCAUAUGUUCCGCCCUAGAGAAAAGUAAAGAUAUAGUCUUACCUAGGAACAUAUUAUCAAGGCACAAAAGUAUGGAAGAGAAACGUACUUUCUCAAACACUUUUUCUCUCAUUCCUCAACACAAGACGCCGCCUCCUGUAACGGGAAGAGUUCUAUACAAUCCGUUUGAGGUGGACCUGCCAAACAGACUCAGCAAGACAAUUUUUAGUCCAGAUGUCUUUGAUAAUGUCGUCAGCCCAAGCCAGGACUCGGAAGAUUUGAGGUGGACCAUUGAAGACAUUUCCUCCAUUAAUCCUGUUCCUAUUGACGAAGAUUUCUCAAUCCCAUCAGACGACGAGGAUCCAGAGAGGGAGAGUCGAGUUCAACAAGAAAUUGAUAGGUAUUUUAAUGAAACACAUGUUGUGUUAAGUCCUGAUGAUAUACCUAAAUCUACUAGUAUUGUUGAAAUUUUGAAAAAUAACUAUCAUACCGGAGCAGCAGCCUCCACACCAAGAAAAGUUAAUGUAAACAAAUCAAUGAAUUUGAAAACAAGUGCCACACAAACAAAUUUAUCGUUACCUGAAAAUUUACCAUUAGAAUUAGAAGACAGUUUGAGAUCAUAUUUCAAGUAUUUUGAGGCAGACGAGUUCAACCUAAGUCAGUGCAAUCUUAGACGCAAAUUAUUCUUCCACACUGAAGAUGAACCUCCGUCACCUGUGAGGUUUGAAAUGAAUUCUAGUCCUUUAACCAAAGACACGUGGAAAGCUGGGAUGUCACCUCUGUCCAAUGACAAUAGAGCAAGACACUUUACUCCUUUGGGCAAACAACAGGAGUUUUCCUCCCCUGAAAUGUCGCCUGUCGUCGACAACUUUACUUCCAACGUGAAAAAACAUUGUUUGGUGUCCUGCAAGAAAACUCUACAUAACAUCUUUAUUGGAAAUUCUAAUGAAACGAAGACAGUGAGGCGUAGAGAGUCGGUAAACUCUACAGCUGCAACUGGAAGUGAUAUAGACUCUUCGUCUCAACCGGCAAGUCAAGACACGGGCUACCACACAGACGACAGCGGCAACUCACACUUGCACUUCUCUACACCAACACGUACACAGCCUGCAAGUUAACUGUCUGUGUGAUUAAUACACUUUAUACACUUUAGUAAGUAUUUGACAGUCUGCAGAUUUUGCAGUUUAUUAUACAAUAUGUUAUAAUGUUGUACUUGUGUUUUUUCAUGUAAUAACCUGCAGAUUUUGUAGUUUAUUAUACAUUAUGUGAUAAUAUUGCACUUGCCCUAUGUUACAAGUGAUAAAUGUUUACAACUAUGUCGUUUAAAGGUUUUAUAUAUUUGUAUAUCCAUUUUAAAACUUAAUAUGUGUAUAAGGGUGUAACAUAGAGCACAAGGGCCUAGGUUUUUAGGUUUUAUGUUUUUAUCAACAUUUUGUCAAAGAUUGAUUUAUCUUUUUCUUUAAUUAAUAUCAUAUUUUUAAUGCUCUCUCCACUUUUGCAGUAAGGAGUUUCACAAUUACUUUUCAACCUGUAUAUUAGCUUUGUUUAUUAUCGUUACAUUUUUUUAAACUAUACCCCAAAACUAGUUUUUUAUUUUUUUCAACCUACUGCAGCAAAACCAGCUGUUUUCAAUGCGAGGCUACGAUUGCUUCUUUUUCUCUCUAUGGUCUCAAAACAAGAAUGACACCAUUUUUGGAGCUAAUUUAUAAAGGUAAACCACUUACAAAAGUUACAUUUUGUGAAUUAUUUAGCCAAAAGAAUGGUGCAGUAUGGCAUAAAAUAUAGUUUGUCACACAGGCCUAAUGUGUAUUUUUGACACUCGCACAUUUUUUUAUUAGUUCAACUUAAGCUCUUGUCAAAGCGAGUCACUUUAGGUUCUAGUGGUGAAAUAUACUAUUUUGAUGAUUUGGUGAUUAAAACAUGCUAUUAAACAGUCAACCGCUAGUUUCUCAAUAAAUAGGUCCUUGUGAACUUAGGUAGUGUUUGUAAAAAACAAGUUAUCAAUUUUGUUUUACUGUGUUAUGCUCAAACUUGUUUGUAUAUUUACGUUUUUUUUUGUGCCUGAAAAGAGAGUUUGUACUUUAUUCUUUUGGUUGGUUAGUAAAACCAUUUUCUUAUACUACUUACUGUUUCUUAGGCUGUACAGUAGUUAGGACUUAAUCAUGUUUUAGUUGUUUAGAAAAAAAAAUUAUAAACAAACAUGGCUCAAAAAAUCUUUGUCAAAGUACCAACUUACAUUAUACAAAAUAAGACUUGCUACAGUACAACCCCGCUAAUCAGUCAAAUACGGGACUGGGACCAUGGUUGUACCAGUGAAAAGGUUGGAUUAUCCAAGGAGCAUAUUAAAUGACCAAAUUUAUUGUUUAACUGACAUUUGUCGAUCACACGUGAUCAAGGAAGACAAUCAUGAUGUCCUCGUUGUUCAAUAUUUUGCAUGAUCGCAGGAAACGAUGAUGUUUCCUUUACUACAGUAGAUAUUGAGGAAUUUGCUGUGAUCGCAGAUUUUCCUCUAAUAACGGAGUUUCCGUGAUUGUUGAAGACGAUGAUGAUAUCCUUGAUUUUGGGUGAUGAAUGAUAUUUUGCCACGAUCGCAGAGGAUGAUAAAUGUUCCUGUGAUUGCGGAAACGAUGGUCCAUCAUCAAGGGUGAUAAACAAAUGUUUUCCAGAAGUGUAGUAGAUUGUGAUGAUCCCCAAAUGACUUUGAGAAAUGGUCACGAAAUAUCAUGGUAGCUGUGUUAGUUACUACUACUACUGCUGUGCCAUAACAUUGUGACGGAUUAGGCGAUGGCACGGUCGGAAUAGCGUGGCUCUACUGUACCACCAUGUUCAUUAACCUGCUGUACUCAUAUAUUGAGUUUGAAUUGAGUAUUUUAUUUUGGUGGAGUAAUACAUUUUGCAUCUAAGUUAAGAUAGCAGUUUGUUUAUUAGCUAACCAAUAAAGAAAAACCCUUGGGUGCUAUUCAUGUACAUAAUCCUUGUAUUUAAAAUUAAUUAGCUUAAUAAAUGGUACAGUCUGUUAACAAAUAUAGUUCUUAAACGUGGCUAAAGUGUCUUUUCAACAAUAGCACAUUUUUCAACUUAGCUUUGUCUCGGUGAUUGGACUUAAGCUCACUUUGUGCCUUAGGGAUGAAGUAUACAAUUUUUACCUUACAUAAACUAGUUUAUUAGGUUUUACAAGGUUUUACUUUUCUGAUCUUUUUCCUCUCAUCUGACUCUAGCUUUAUGCUCCUCUUACUCCCCGACCUGUUUUAUCUUCCAACCAAGGUUUGGCUUUAACUUUGAAUGGUACAAAUAUACUUCCCGUUCCCAUAAUAUUGAAAAUCUGAAAGGAACUUGUUUUUUUUUUUAAUUUACUUUAAUACUUUUCAAUGAAAUGAUGACCAUACAAAGUAGGUAUUUUAAGUAUUUCAUGUUAGGUACUUUUAUCAACAAUAGGUUUUUUUCUUUUAAUUUAGGGUUGAUUUUAUGAUUUGUGCAAAACCAAGUUGUAAAACCAGAGGACGAGCUGUUGUUUAUAAUUAAUUAGACGGUUUUAUUUGGUUAUUAAACUUGUUUUAAAAUAACAAGAAACAAAUAGUUUACAAAAACACACCCUCAACAUGAGUUACUGUAACUAUAAUUAUUUAAAUUGUCUUCAGCUGAUUCAUAAGGGUGACAAAUCUAUUGGGGAGUUUGUCAGCUUUGCCAUUAGACACAUAACAAUGCUUCAAUAUAUUUCCACCCAAAACUGAAACUUGAAAAUUUUUAUAAAAAUGAUGCUCCAUAUGUAUAGGGGGAAUAAUAUACAGACUGUCCCAAAAAUCCCGGACCGGUUUAGU